UACUUGAUAAAUCAAACACAACUACAACAUCGCCAAGCCCCUAGAAUGACAAAUGUGUCUGAUCCUCCAUACCAGCAAAACUACUCUAUACUGGCCAGGCCUUCUGUGGAUUCAAGGCUUCCACAACUUGGUCACCAUAAUAGAAAAUCUGAUCAGGGAUUGGAUAUUUCACCAUAUUGUAACUCUAUGCCUUCAAGAUCAAGGUUCCAGCAGCCUAUUCAUCCAGCUAACCUGUUUGAGCUGCAAGUGCAAAGCUAUAAUUCCUGGAAGAACCGAGAAUCUCUCACACUUUCAGGGGCCCAUGUAGGUGGACAUGAAGGAUUGGCUAAUCAAAAUGCAGGAAGAAUCAAUAACCCUCAUAUAUUGCAGCAGAGUCAACUCUUUAAUAUUUCUGAAACUCUUCAGAAUGGAUUUCUGGGAGGACACCUUGGAAAGAGACCAUCGGAAAUUGGGGAAUCAUCACCUUCAAACCAGAAAUUUUCCAGGGUGGAAUCAGGAAUCACUCAAGAAAACCAGGGAGCAGCAUGGAGACAUCAAGACAAGCUUCCUAUUCAAUUGAAUUUAAGGCCAGCCAGAAAUGCCUUGUAUGAUCAAGGCUACGAGAGUGUGGGGCUGCCCGUAGACCCACAUUUGCGGCUGUUUGCUUUGAACUGACUGCAAAGGCUAAUUACUUGCAUACAAAUCUACAAUGUAGACGUGCACUUGCAAGAGGCUCUGGAGGAGGUUUUGCAGGUUGUUAUGCAUCUAUAUUGAUGAAAAUUUGUGACAAUAGCUGCUUACCAAUAAAGCUAUGCCAGUUUAGACACCGAGAGAAUUUUUUAUUCUAAUGCUUUCAUGGUACCUUUUUGAAUUGUAUUUCAUUUCAUGAAAUUUGAAUUUAUUUCUGAAUACUGUGAGCUUUGCUUGGGACAGAGGGGAAGGGGCAUUAUGAAUGGAUAGUGCCAUGAAGGCCUUGACGAGUGUGAUAGCUUAUGGGUGUGGAUUAUCAUGGUUAUAUAUUGAGUUUAUAAUUAAGGUCUAAU